GGUUGCUAUGCUAACAUUCACUGAACCGGGAGGUGCAGAGGGACAUAAUCUGCCUCUCGUCCUCUCACUCAUCAUAAAUGACCGAUAAAUCCGUCACGUUUUGUUUUUACUUCACCUGAACACACGAAGUUAUUUUACCAGAUGUCCAUUUCUGAGGUAAAUAAGCAGGAGAAUCGGAAUGACAUCAUUGCUGCCGAAAGUGUCUUGAAAUGGUUUCAGCCUCAGGAUGGACUAUAAGAGAACUUUGUGCCAAACGAUGAUUCGGCAUAAAACAUAGUGAAGGCUUGUUUUACCCCCACUCUCGAACCCACGCCCGGAUGUGUAUAAGGGUCCAGAAUGUUUGCGUGUUUCCGGCGGAUCAAAAAAUGCCAACUCCGACAGCUGAUGAUGAUGUGCUUCCUGUUGUCUGUGAUCAAGGUGUACUGGGAAAGUCUUGACAAGAAUGUAUCUAAUCAUGUCAAGUCCUAUUCCUUCCGCCUGCUCAACAGCUUGGACUUUAUAAGUUCUAACCUAACAAUUAGUUACAAAGAAGCACAGAAGUUCAGCAAUCACCGUUACUUAAUAAACCACGAGGAGAAAUGUGCCAGCAAAGACGUGCUACUCUUGCUGCUCGUCAAAAGCUCUCCUGAAAACUUUGACAGGAGGCAGGCAAUCCGGUUGACGUGGGGCAACGAAGCCUACAUCCAGCAAAGAUUUGGUGUGACCGUGAGAGUGCUGUUUGCUCUUGGCAUCUACCCUCAACCAGUGAACAGAAGGAAGCUUCAGCACAGGUUGAUUGUGGAAGACAAAACAUACCAAGAUCUAAUUCAACAGGACUUUCUCGAUACCUUUCACAACCUCACGAUUAAGCUUCUUCUCCAGCUUGGCUGGACACACACAUAUUGCGAACAUGCACGCUUUCUCAUGUCUGCAGACGAUGACAUCUUCGUCCACAUGCCCAACUUGAUCCGCUACCUGCAGGAGAUCAACCGGACUAGUGUCAAAGACUUCUGGAUCGGCAAGGUGCACCGAGGCGCUCCACCCAUUCGUAAGAAAGAAAGCAAGUACUACGUGUCUCACGACAUAUACCCCUGGUUCCUGUAUCCUGAUUACACCCCCGGAGCUGGUUAUGUUGUUUCCAGAGACGUGGCCUCUAGAGUCUACCAAGCUUCCCUCACCUUAAACGCCUCUAUUUAUAUCGACGAUGUCUUCAUGGGCAUUUGCGCCAACGCGAUAGGGAUUUCGCCCCAAGAACACGUGUUCUUCUCAGGAGAGGGUAGGGCUCCUAACCACGUCUGCAUCUAUAACCAAAUGAUGACGUCCCAUGGACAUGUAAAGGACUUCCAUGAACUCUGGAAACUUGCAACAGAUCCCGAGGUGCAGCAGGUUUCUUCAGGACUUUUUGGAAAGCUGUACUGCACCAUAGCUAAAAUCAGACUCCUUUGUGCAUUACACACUGUAAACACCUACCCGUGUAAAGCAGCCUUUUUAUAGGACCUGGAUAGGUAUGAAAAACUACCCCAUCCCUGGAGAAGCCCUGUCCUCUUCAUCCAAUUUUUUUAAGAGAACACUGUUGAGCUAGAAGAUCUGUAUGUUUAUGUUUGAUGUUCUGGGGUUGGGGCCAUCUUGAAAUUAUUACACAACUAACUAAAACUCAUCCAUACCUUACUUUUAAAUAAUGACAUUUAUUACCUUGCACACCUUACAGUGUUUGUCUUGUUCCUUGACUUGUCGCAUGUUUUCUUUUUUACCAAAACCAGUGAGAGAAACCAACCACACUCUAGAAUCUUUGAGUCUCUUUUGAGAAGAAAAGUUUACGCCACACCCAUAUGAGUUUCUUCCCCCAAACUAUUGCCACAGAUUUGGAAGCACACGAUUGAAUAGCCAGCUCCAUGAAGACAUAGUGUGGAGGUUACAACUGGAGCGGAAGAACUUGUACAGAGCCCUGACUCCACACCUUUGGGAUGUAACACUGGAUGAAACACUUACUGUACCUCAACAUCAGCUCCUUUCUUCACUAAUACUUGUGUAGCUGAAUGAACCCACAAGAGAAGAGCGGAGCACAUGAGGGUGUGUUGGUCUGGUGUUGUAAAACCUUCCCCAGAUAUUGUACCAUUAACGGAUUUGAAAUUUGCCUCACAAGUUUUCAAGCUUCUGUCCGGCAUCUGGGUUUGGUUUGUACGAGCCUGCUGAAAACUGUAUGAAGUGCUAGUUCAGUGAUCGGAAUGUUUGCAGGCAAAAUCCCUGAAUCACCGAGCUGCCACUGCUGGACUCUUAAGCAAAAAAAAAUAAUAGAUGAACAGAAGUCACUCUGCAUAAAGGCGUCUUGUAGAUGCUAUAAAUGUAAAUGUUUUAUUAACACGUAUCGGUGCAGAGAAGCAUCGCAGACCUCGGGUCAGAAUGACGACAUCUUCCAUCGCAGUUAAAUCGUUUUUUUCCCCGAGUUCUUCUUUUACAUCUUUUUGUGAAAGGCUGUUUUGUAAUCGUAAACUUGUUACUGUAUGUGCGUCCUCCACCUAGAAAAAAAUAAAGGAAGUGUCUUGAUUCUGAGUCAAGUUUCAGAUCUCGAGGCUUGUUUCAAGUUUUGCAUGCAACAUCCGUGAGAAGUGACGCUCUCGUAAACUCAUCACUUGAAAACUUUUGAAACUUUUCACCGGUUUCACCAGCUGUUCCACAUUUGUUUUAAAGUCUCCAAAAUGUAAUCUAUUUAUACAUGUAUGAAAUUAAUGAAAAUGUCGAUUGAGGUCCUGGGCAAUCGUGCUGCAAAAGCUUUAGCUUGA